UUUUUUACGAUAGCGAAAUAUUCUUAGGAUGAUGACGGACGACGGAUCCUCCAACAUGCAAGCCUAAUUUACAGCAAAGAUUAAUGUCCAUGUUUUUCAAAUCAUGGCUUGAUUUUUAAACAGGGGUUUCAAUUACAAUGAUUCACGAACGUCAGAGAGUUAUAAUAAUUCUAAAAAUCAUGAUAAACCUAAAACAUGGAUAGGGGCCUACUGCUGCUACUGUUACUGUUGUGAUCCGGGUACUCUCUUACGAGAAGAAAAAAACAGGAAGUACAAUCAGUGUCGGCAUAUGUUGUGAGACAGACCUUGUGUCAUGUACUUUUAAUUAUUGGAAACGACAAUCUGACAAUCUGUUUAAGAUUAUACUGGUCGUCUUUUUGCAAAUAUACUCUCAUGUCGAGAUAUAAAUAAACGUCGUCUAUCCUUAAAAUGACGUGACACCACUAGGAAGGAAACUUUGAGAGCUUGGAGAUGUAACGUGGAUUUUGGCUAAUAGAAUGGCGCCAGCAUGAUGCCAGAAUUGUGCAUAAAACACGAGUCUUUCAGCAGGUUACAGCCGCAUCAAAACCCAGCAAUGUGGUGGUUUCAGCAGGGCAUGUGCAUAUUACCUGUGGCUCUAGUGAUUUGGACUGCUGCCACUUUUGCCUUCGCCUACAUCACUGCUGUGUUGCUGAAGCAUGUUGACCCUCUUGUGCCAUAUAUAAGCGAUACUGGGUCUGAAGCUCCUGAAAGAUGUGUGUUUGGGAUCAUGCUCAACAUCUCUGCAUUACUUGGUAUCUCCACCACUUACGUGCGGUAUAAACAGGUCCAGGCGCUAACAGACCAGGCAGAGACCAGAGUGCAUCAGCUGAACCUGCUGGGUAUCAUUCUUGGCUGGACCAGCUCCCUAGGAAUGUGUGUUGUAGGAAACUUUCAGAAAACCACCAUCUUUUCCAUACACAUAGUUGGGGCGGUGCUGACCUUUGGUGUUGGAGCUUUGUACAUCAUGGUGCAGGCUGGCGUGUCCUAUCGGAUGCAGCCGCAUGUUCACAGCAAAAGCGUGUUCUGGGUGCGUCUCAGUGUUGCAGCCUGGAGCACCGCCAGCAGCAUCAGCAUGUUUGUGUCAUCCAUGAUCAUGUACAGCAGCUUGCCUGGGGUGGACUUGUCAAAGAAACUACACUGGAUCCCAGGAGAAACGGGCUACACCGCUCAUCUUAUCAGCACCAUCUCUGAGUGGUCUCUGGCCUUCUCCUUUGUCUGCUUCUUCUUCACCUACAUCAGGGACUUCCAGAAAAUCAACCUGAGAGCAGAGGUGAUGCUUCAUGGUAGUCACCUGUAUGAGUCAUCGCACUACGGCGUCAUUGGGCCUCUGAAUCCAGGAGAAAACUCCUCCCUGCUUGCUGGCAGCAUCUAGAGAAGAACAACACAACCUGAACCUUCUACCUGGCAACCGGACCGGAACUUAUAUAUAUGCUCCACAAUGGAGUGUCCAUGUUCAGAAGCUCUGAAGAGAGGUCCUGAGUUGGAUGAAGUGACUUUGGUUAAAAAUGGCCAGGUUUAAUCUUUCUGCUGUGAGAUUCGGUCUGACAGGGGAAUCUGGCCUGCUUUCUGCUAUUGCUUGAGCUGUAAGCUUAUGAACUAAAAAAGCCCUGUUUCAGCCUCAUAAGAUCUCCACUCUCUUUGAGUUAUAUGAAGAGAUCACUAACACCCAAAUAACACCGAGAUUAUUUAUAAUAUUAUGACGUCAUAUGUCAUGACAGAAAAUGUUCAGAUUAUUCUGAGAAAAAGCAUCAGACUCUGACAUAAAUUAUGUCACACGUAAGAAUGGGGAACUGAUCAUGCUUACGCAGUAUUAAUGCAAAUUAUGGAUUAUUUGUUUAUAAUUUUUGUCUUUGCUGGUACUUUCAUACUUUAAAAUCUGUUGAUGAGCUGCAGGGGGCACUAAAGUCAUACUGUUUAAGGACUGAUAAGGACUGGAGUAUACUGAGUAUAAGGACUGGAGUCGCUGUGUUUACAAAGAGAUCUGGAACAUGAUGAGUAUCAGAAGAGGAUAUGUUGAAAGCAGCCUAAUGCCUGAGGAGUAGGUCUAAGUAAACAUGAAGUAUUUAAAGUUGUUGCUUAUGAUCUCACUGCACACUGCCAGUUCACAAUAAUCUCACAAGACAAGUGUACCAACCUUCAACGGUUUCUCAAAACUAGGGACAUUGUUUUGAGAAUCUGUUACAGUCUAACAUUUACAACUGCAAAACUGACAUGACAUUUCUGUCAAAUACUGUACUCUGCUUAGAUUUCGUACCACUUUCACAUCCACCUGUCAUUCAUUUAAAUAAGGGUGUGGCAAGUAGGUUUUGCUGCCAAAAAAAUAAAGCCUCUGCACUUGCAACAAUGAAGACAUUGUGGAAAAAUGGCGAGCCUGUUGCUAUCAGUGCUCUGGUUGUUACCCCAUUGCAUUGACUGUUUUAUACUUCUAUGUAAUCAUAUGCAUUAAAACACUUAAUAUAAAAGAAGACAUAGAAGACUGAUAGGGAUAUCGGGGCUCACUUCCUGUGGAAUUGUACCAUCAUUGUUGAUGUAGAAGCAAUUGAAUUUGUUCAGGAAAGCCACUUACUGCACUUCCUAGUAAAUACCAAUAACAAUAAGACAUACGGCAUGGUGGGUGUCAACCCAUGAUGUUCACUCAAAUACUGCCAUUUCAAAAGAUCCAUUCAUAUCAAUAGUAUAUUUUGCUACUAGAAACUACUUUACAACUGUAGAAUCAGUUGAUUUGGAACGUAACCAGUGAUCAUAUAUUCUGUAAGUAUACUGUGUACAUUUCAGUUGUAUUCAUCUUUCCACAUUUUUACAAUAAUAAAGGAAACAAACAAAAGCA